AUCUUCAUCAUCCAUCCAUCCAUCCAUUCGAGCGAUCAGUAUUCCCAGUGCUCCGAGCUAGCCAACAAUGGCGUCGUCUUCGCUGCUGGUGGCGCUCCUCCUGGUGUCGUGCUCCCUGGCCGUGUCCGGGCAGAAGUUCAACGCCAUCUACAGCUUCGGCGACUCCAUCUCCGACACCGGCAACCUCUGCGUGAACGGCCCCCCGGCAGGCCUCACCCUCACCCAGCCCCCCUACGGCGAAACCUUCUUCGGCCGCGCCACAUGCCGCUGCUCCGACGGCCGCCUUGUCGUCGACUUCCUCGCUGAGAGGUACGGGCUCCCGCUGCUGAAGCCGUCGAAGCAGGGUGGCGCGGACUUCAAGAAGGGCGCGAACAUGGCCAUCAUCGGCGCCACCGCCAUGGGCUCCAACUUCUUCAGCUCCCUCGGCGUCGGCGACAAGAUCUGGAACAACGGGCCCCUGGACACCCAGAUCCAGUGGUUCCAGAACCUCCUCCCCUCCAUCUGCGGCUCCAGCUGCAAGUCGUACCUGUCCAACUCCCUGUUCGUGCUUGGCGAGCUUGGCGGGAACGACUACAACGCGCAGAUCUUCGGCGGGUACACGCCGGAGCAGGCCGCCGGGCAGAGCCCCACCAUCGUGAACGGCAUCGGCGCCGGCGCCGAGAAGCUGCUCAGCAUGGGCGCCAAGUACGUGGUGAUCCCCGGCGUGCUCCCCGUGGGGUGCUUCCCCAUCUACCUCACGCUGUAUCAGACCUCCAACGCCGGCGACUACGACCAGUACGGCUGCCUCAAGCGCUUCAACGCGCUCUCCGCCCGCCACAACUCGCUGCUCCAGAGCAAGGUGACCAGCCUCCAGAGCAAGUACCCCGGCGCCAGGAUCAUGUACGCCGACUUCUACUCCCACGUCUACGACAUGGUCAAGAGCCCCUCCAGCUACGGGUUCAGCACGAACCUGAGGGCGUGCUGCGGUGCCGGCGGCGGCAAGUACAACUACCAGAACGGCGCCAGGUGCGGCAUGUCCGGCGCGUCGGCGUGCGGCAACCCAGCGUCGUCGCUGAGCUGGGACGGGAUCCACCUGACGGAGGCGGCGUACAAGAAGAUCGCCGACGGAUGGGUCAGCGGGGCCUACUGCCACCCGGCCCUUUCGUCCUAGGAGCUAACCUCUAGCUCCGGCCGGCGGGAAAUUGCUUUUCCUCAAAAAGCUGGGGAGGUGAUUAGUAUUAUUUGCUUAGCAGGAAAGAUGAAGAACAAGUGCUGCCAGAAUAAGCAUCAUUUUAAUUAAUUCUCGUGUAAUUUGCGCCUGGGGCGGUUAUUUAUGUGUUCAAUUGAAAGCUUGUUCAAUGCA